UCCCUGUUGCACCUCACCCUCAUUCCAUUCCUGAUUGAUCGAUCGAUUCAAUAGAGUGGGUUCUAGAAAAAUCACAAUGGACCUUGCAAACCAGACCGGAGUGUUUGUUUUCUCCGGUUUUUUUUUUUCCCUGGUUGUCGAUGAUGGAUCAAUCACCCACCCAUCAGCCUUCCUAUCUGUCCAUCAGUCAGAUGAAGUGACUCCCUGAUCCUUCCUCCUGUCGAAAGGACACCACCCCACUAGCCGUAUCUUCUCUUCCCACCAUCUUCUUCCCCAUGGGAUUAACAGCCACAACUGGAUCUUGCCAGCCCAGGAGACCCUUCCCUGUCAGUGACCUGGAUGAAGCGCGGUUUGGUUACACAACCGACGGUUAGACCGGGAUGGGCGGGUUGUAUGGAUUGACUGUUCGCACAUUUCUGCUGUCUUUCUUCUUUGUUAUCCUUUGUCUGGAGAAAGUACUAAAGUUGAAAUCUGACAGUCUCAUCUUUGGGAUUUGCGGUAAUGUCUCGGUUGACCACCCACCUACCAUGAUCAACAAACCGGAUUGGAUGAGUGGAAUCCAGAUCCUUCUGAACGUGUGUUCCGUCUCCAUGCACAUCAAGACAAGAGGGGAUGUUACAUGCCAAACCUGAACCUAGCAACUUCAUCAGGUCAGUCGAGCAUGCAAGUAUGGUCUUGGUACGGAUCGCGUGACUCGCU